AGUCUUUCUUUGCGAAAAAAGUAGGUUUAGUGAUUUCGAUUCGACUUUCUCCAGGAGUUUUUGGGAAAGAUUGCACACAUCAAAGCGUAGGACUUGAGUUAACGACAUACGUUGCAGUAGCUCUGUCCCCCUUGGGGACCUUGCUGCAGAUAUUUUAGCGAAGAUAUACUAGUGCUGCUUUGCAUUGAUCUAUCCUCAUUUACAUUUUCUUGCAUUCAAAAAUCGUUGCAAUAUGUGUUGAAGGGGUAAUAUUUUGAUUUUAUAUUUUACUAGCUUCUUUUAAUAUAACUUUUUCGACGACUUCGACCAUCACUUGUUCUUCAUACAUAAACAUACACAUCACAUUGAUUCACAUUGUAAGUCCUUCUGCCGUCUCUUGAACGAGGAGUCUGCCGUCUCUUGAACGAGGAGAACAGACCGGGACGAAAAUGACGUACAAGAAUUCUUACCAAGCCAGCGAGGAGGAGGGCCAGCUCCUCUUGGAGAGUGAGCAAUGGACGCAGGAGGAUGCUAUGGACCAAGCGAAGGUUGUCUCUGACAACUACAGAGCUCAGGUACUUCAACACAUCUGUGAAUGUGUUAAAAAUACAGACUGCAUGAAAAUAGAUAACUUUCAUCAAGUAAAGUGUAUUCAGUUUCUUUUUCGAGAUCGAGAGGUAUCAUAGACCUAUGAUUCUUAUCCAAGAUGAAGAUCCAUUCAUACAUGGACGUAAUUAAACGUGAUAAACAGUGCGCUCGCGAGCUUGAUUCUGACCUGUCCGGGGAUGACGAGCACGCGACAGAAGAGCUCAGCUAUGAGGAGUACCAUGAGAAAGUGGAUGCAAUCUACGAGAAAACUGACUGGAACGCGAAAGGCGACGAGCAGAAAUUUCCGAUGACAUCCGUCGGAGCCAUUUUCUCAUUGCUGGCUUCGAUCUUCGGUAAAAUUACUAUUGGACUUCUUGAUUUGUAUCACCCUCGUUCACUUGGAUGAAGAAUAUGAUGAUGAUAUUUAGGGGGUACUGAAUAUCGUCGUAGAGCACUACUCCAUUAGACUACUACUUAUUUGUUGAGUAGAUGAUGGAAAUCGAAAUGUAUGAUGUCCUACGCAAUAAUUGUCGAAAAAAGGUGUCGGAAUUUUGGAGCAGCCAAAGAUCAUGCAGCAAGUUGGUUUCCUUACUGGAAUCAUUAUUCUUUUGUUUUCGGUGUGGGUAUCCCACAUGGGCGGUUAUUAUCUGGGUAUUGCAGCUCGCAUGACAGGAAAGAAAUCCUUGGGAGAAAUCGCCAAAACAGCUGGAGGAGUGCUUGGAAUGGUACAUGAAUUUCGCAUCUUUGGAUGUAGUUGCUUUUAGAAGUAGGUACCAGGUUGUAUCGAAUCUUGACGGCGAUGUUGAAAAGAACAAAAUAUUUUAUGAAAAAUCAGAUUUUGAGCGUGUACUCCCUUUUGGGUGUGUGCAUCCUCGCUUCCAUCGGUUAUGCUUGCUCCUGGUGGGCAUACACCAGCGAGUUGUACGUGCGCAUGGGUUUGAUCGAUAUUGAGACAGCCCAGACUUCCAGCGGCUUUGCCAGUGUGCGGACGCUUGUGAUCUCGGUUAUGCUUGUGGUUCUCUUCCCGGUGUGCUGCCAGCGUGACCUCUCCGCGCUAGCCGCCUUCUCCUUCGGUGCCGCGGGCGUCUAUGUCGUGCUCGUUUUCCUGAUGGCCUACUACUGGAUCGCGGAUUACCUCGCUGCAGACCCGAUGCAGUGGGACGCGGAUCUCCGCUACAAGUGGACCUUGGGUGAGCACAACAGCGUGCCUCUCGUGACCCCGACUGGUCAGGGACAAUCCGCUUUUCACAGCAUUAACCUGAACGCGAAUGCUGGAGCAGGCUCUCUUGGUAAGGUUUGGGCGGACGCCAAUGCCGAACGAGCCGCAGCGAAGGAGCCAGCAGCAAUCGCAAGCGCCAAUGAGAAGGUCGCCGCAGCGCGCAACCAGGUGGAGGGUGCCGUCGACGUGCUGAACCAUCCUUGCCACGGUAUGUUCGGCUUUGAGGCUUCCUGGUUCUUCGGAGGAAGUUUCCAGGCUCUCUUCAUGGCGGUCGGACUGAUGAACACCGCUUUCGCUUGUCACUUCUCGUGCGUCGAUGUUUUCGGCAAAGAGAUGCAAAAACCCACGAGAAAGAAUAUCAACUUCGUCAUGGGCCUUUCCCUCGCCGUGACAGCCGUCAUCUACGCUGGCUUCAUGGCUAUGGGAUGGAACUACGCGCGCAAGUUCCAAGACAUUUCUGUGACCCCAGUCAGUGAGGAAAUCUCAGUGAACGUAGACGGCGCGACCCAGAAGCAGACUGUCGCCACCUCCUAUUCUGGUACUCCAUCAAGGUGAAUAAUUCUCUUUGCUAGUACGUAGUGUAUCUUCGAAUGAUCAUAAUGCUCGGACUACUUUGAUUAUAAUAUAGAAGAGGUGGAUUUUAGAACAACACAGGUCGGCGCUAGUUCACUACGUCGUCGUGAAGUGGAUUCAAAGUCUCGACGAAGUAGUGAACCAGCGCUUCGCGAGAUGGAUCAUUCGGAAGAUCUGCACUCAGUCUCAGUGAACCAAAGAUUGUACUAUUGUUGUACUAGCAUGUUGAUGCAGUAUUCUACUAGAAUAGGUUAUUCUUAAGACUUUCUGAAAUCCAUCUUCGGAAGCAUAUUGGACCUCCCGCGUAAGGGGGAAACGGAUCCAGGAUGACUUUCCAGAUGGAUUCAUUCCCGGAAGGUCCAACAUUCAGUCAAAUUCUCAGGUGUGUGCCAGCAGGGGGCUCAGGAUGCUAUCCUGAAGAACAUGAAGAAUCCUGACGACGAGUUUCAACCGACUUUGAUUGCGGUUGCUCAGUUUGUUGUUUUUCUGGUGUUGUACUUGACUUACCCGCUGCUUAUCAGCGCCGCGCGAUCGACUAUCCAUGGUCUUCUCUGGCCAGGCGAGAAGAGCGGAUUUUUGAAGCACACUGCCGAAACUGGUGCUCUCUGCCUGAUCACGUGGUUGGGUGCUGCAGUCAUCCCGAAAGUUACGAUUGUCCUCGCCUUCGCUGGCUGCGGUCCGGGAUUGGCGCUCGUGUUGAUCCUUCCCGGCUACAUCAUGCUUUGCUUGAACAGAAGCCUCCCCUACUCUCACAAGGACCGCGUCAUCCCCUGGUUGCUCGUCAUCUUCGGUACUUGCGCAGAUUUAGAUUGAAAAUUAUACGCGAUUUGAUUUCAUCUUGGUAAUAUAAGUAAGUAGUUUUCACCUUUUACCUCGUGAUUUUAGCUAAUAUGUGCAGGAAAAAAUAGUCGUAACUCCCUGGUCGUCCUCUGAAUUAAGUUACCUGGGAACAAAACCAAAAAAUUAUUGGCUUUCAUCUUCGUUUUCUCUCAUGCUCAUCAAAGGUACUAUUUUGUCUUUGGGUGGUAUUAUUCUGACCGUGAUUUACGGUGCGGAAUGGGACCGCGCAGCUAAUGUGGAUAUGAGCCACGAAGCUGUGACUUACGCUAGACAGCCUCCGAAGCUGCAGAUCACGCAUGCAGCACCCAAUGCUGCUGCACGCACGAGCCAAGUUGUCAGUUUUUUUGAGAUGA